AUGACCGAGGAGUUUCAAGAAUCGGAGGUAAUCUUCCCGGAAAAGCCCUCCGGGAACGGAAAAGAACUCCGAUAUCCAAAAGUCGAUAAAAGAAAAUCCGAUAAGAAAAAGCUGAAGAAAAGUUCAGUUCCCAUGAGCAUUCGGGAAGAAUUUUCCGACAGUUCAUGGAUUCGUCAGUAUUUACAAACACAUUCCAUCGAAGACGAUGAUGCAGAUGAAGAUGAGAAAGUGCCGCCCCACGUGAUCUUGGAGCGCCGGAUCGCCGGAAAAGCUGCGUUUUCCCUUUGCUCCGGCAACGGGAGGACUUUGAAAGGAAGAGAUUUAAGUGAAGUACGGAAUUCGAUCCUUAGGAUGACGGGAUUUCUAGAAUCCUGA